CUCACGCCUUCCUGUUAGUCGGAGCUGGUAGAAGUUCACUCCGAUCAGCUGAUCACAACUGACAACAGGAGAGGAGGAAGCCCGGGAGGCUGCGAAGGAGGUGGGGGGCGGAGAUGGAAAUGAGGAUGGAUCCUCCGGUGCCCUGAGAAACAGCCCCCGCCCCCACCGGCGCCCCGUGGUCCCCCGACGCCGCCUGGCCGCAGCCGAGCUGCUCCUUGGUUACCCCCGAAGUAUUGACUUGAGGUUGGAUUAUAUUGAAGAGCUUCUGACCACUCUCUUUCAUUACCAAAACCUUGUGCUCGAGGCCCAACUAAGGAGUCCACCUCAGUGAACCCGUCAGCUCUCUCUCUGAUAGCCAUAAAAGACCCUUCCAAGUUAAUUUGGACCACAUAUUUGUCUGCACUUUAUGGAGGAUGAAACCAUCAAACCAAAUGAACAUUGCUGCUGAUACAGAAGCCUUGGUGGCAGGAAAUUAAAAACUUGAACAUUUGUGAGUGUGUGAAGAAUUCUAAUGGGGCACUGAAUGUGUGUGUGUGUGUGUAAGUGUAAGUGUCAGGUGUUCAGAACCCUGUGGUAUUUCUGUGUGGUCUUCAAAGCCUCUGUUUUCACGGCUGGGGAAAGCCCAGUGGCUGUUUUAUGGUGGUUGAUUUCCUUACCGACCUGAGUAUGAGUGCUCAGACUUCCCCAGCCCAGAAGGGCCUGAAUCCAGGGCUUAUGUGCCAGGAAAGUUACGCCUGCAGCGGGACUGAUGAAGCUGUCUUUGAGUGCGAUGAGUGCUGCAGUCUGCAGUGUCUCCGCUGCGAGGAGGAGCUGCAUCGGCAGGAGCGCCUGAGAAACCAUGAGCGGAUAAGACUCAAACCCGGCCACAUCCCUUACUGUGACCCCUGCAAGGGCCCCAAUGGGCACUCACCAGGUGUGAGGCAGAGGGCAGCUGUGAGGUGCCAGACCUGUAAAAUCAACUUGUGCCUGGAGUGCCAGAAGAGGACUCAUUCUGGGGGUAACAAAAGGAGACACCCCGUUACUGUCUACCAUGUCCCUAAGGCCCAGGAGUUACUGGAGGAGGAAGAGAUGGAUGAGGAGACCAAGAGGAAGAAGAUGACUGAGAAGGUUGUGAGUUUCCUCCUAGUAGAUGAAAAUGAAGAAAUUCAGGUGUCUAAUGAAGAGGACUUUAUUAGGAAAUUGGACUGCAAACCUGAUCAGCAUCUGAAGGUUGUUUCCAUUUUUGGAAAUACUGGUGAUGGGAAGUCUCAUACCCUCAAUCACACUUUCUUUUAUGGCCGUGAAGUCUUCAAAACCUCCCCUGCCCAGGAGUCCUGCACCGUGGGAGUGUGGGCAGCAUACGACCCAGUCCACAAAGUAGCAGUGAUAGACACGGAAGGGCUCCUGGGGGCUACGGUGAACAUAAGCCAGAGAACACGGCUGCUGCUUAAGGUCCUGGCCAUCUCAGACCUCGUCAUCUAUCGAACUCAUGCAGACCGGCUGCAUAAUGACCUCUUCAAGUUCCUUGGGGACGCCUCAGAAGCUUAUCUGAAGCACUUCACCAAGGAGCUCAAGGCUACUACUGCCCGCUGUGGCCUGGAUGUGCCCUUGUCCACCCUGGGCCCUGCUGUUAUCAUUUUCCAUGAGACUGUGCACACUCAACUACUGGGCUCUGAUCACCCGUCAGAGGUGCCGGAGAAGCUCAUCCAGGACCGUUUCCGGAAGCUGGGCCGCUUCCCUGAAGCCUUCAGUUCCAUUCACUACAAGGGAACCAGGACUUACAACCCUCCCACCGACUUCUCUGGGCUUCGGAGAGCUUUGGAGCAGCAACUAGAGAACAACACCACCCGUUCUCCCCGACACCCAGGAGUCAUCUUCAAAGCCCUGAAGGCACUGAGCGACCGCUUCAGCGGUGAGAUCCCCGAUGACCAGAUGGCGCACAGCUCCUUUUUCCCAGACGAGUACUUCACCUGCUCCUCCUUGUGCCUCAGCUGCGGGGCUGGAUGUAAGAACAGCAUGAAUCAUGGGAAAGAAGGAGUACCUCACGAAGCCAAGAGCCGCUGCAGCUACUCCCACCAGUAUGACAACCGAGUUUAUACCUGCAAGGCCUGCUAUGAGAGAGGCAAGGAGGUCAGCGUAGUGCCCAAGACAUCUGCUUCCACCGACUCCCCCUGGAUGGGUCUUGCAAAAUAUGCCUGGUCUGGGUAUGUGAUCGAAUGUCCUAACUGCGGCGUGGUCUAUCGUAGCCGGCAAUACUGGUUUGGGAACCAAGAUCCUGUGGAUACGGUGGUGCGGACAGAGAUUGUGCAUGUGUGGCCUGGAACGGAUGGAUUUCUGAAGGACAACAACAAUGCUGCCCAGCGCCUCUUGGACGGGAUGAACUUCAUGGCUCAGUCGGUGUCUGAGCUUAGCCUUGGGCCCACCAAGGCUGUAACAUCCUGGCUGACAGACCAGAUAGCGCCAGCCUACUGGAGGCCCAACUCCCAGAUCCUGAGCUGCAGCAAGUGUGCUACGUCCUUUAAAGAGAACGACACCAAGCAUCACUGCCGGGCCUGUGGGGAGGGCUUCUGUGAUGGCUGCUCAUCCAAGACCCGGCCGGUGCCCGAGCGGGGCUGGGGCCCUGUGCCCGUGCGGGUGUGUGACAACUGCUAUGAAGCCAGGAAUGUCCAGUUAGAUGUCACUGAGGCACAGGCGGAUGACGAAGGCGGGACACUAAUUGCUCGGAAGGUGGGCGAGGCCGUGCAGAACACGUUGGGAGCCGUGGUGACAGCCAUUGACAUACCACUAGGUCUGGUAAAGGAUGCGGCCCGGCCGGCGUACUGGGUGCCCGACCACGAGAUCCUGCACUGCCACAGCUGCCGGAAGGAGUUCAGCAUCAAGCUCUCCAAGCACCACUGCCGGGCCUGCGGCCAGGGCUUCUGUGAUGAGUGCUCCCAUGACCGCCGGGCUGUCCCAUCUCGAGGCUGGGACCAUCCUGUCCGAGUCUGCUUUAACUGCAAUAAAAAGCCCGGUGACCUUUAACCCCA